AUGCAAGUAGAUAGCACACCAGACGCUUACCUCGACGCCCAGCAAGCUCGAGCACCGGAUCAGCUGAAGGGAUGGUGGAACGACCUGGCAAAGGCUUACGAUCGAAAACUCUGGCAUAAUGUGACGGUACUCCUGAUGAGGUUCGCCGCAAGGGACGAUUCAAGUCCGUACCUGGUCGAGCUGUUUGAGAAUUUCGUACGACCGAUCGAAUCAAAGUUGAAUCCUCUGAGGUUGGUCGAGCUCGCUCGUCGUGUAGCUCGGGAAUAUCCCAACCCCCCGGAAUCUCUUUCCUUCCUCAACUCCGUUCACUCUCGUCUCCCCUCACCUCACCUCCCUCCUCACGCCGAUCCCAAAUCCGAAUCUUACGACCCUUCCUUAUCUUACACCCCGCCCCCACCCCCGGCUUCCGAAGCUUACGCCCUGUCGCUGUGUAACUUGGCUUAUGCGUUGCUAUUGGGAGGGGAUUUGACGGGGAGCAAAGAAAAGUUGGACGAGGCCGAGGGCGUUUUGAGCGGAUUGGACAGGGUCGAGGGUGGCGGGAGGGUGAUGGGAGGGUUCUAUGGGGUGUCUGCGGAUUAUCACAAGAUCAAGGCCUCUUACGUCCCAUUCUACAAAUCCUCCCUCCUCUUUCUGGCGUGCAUCGAUCUCGAGACCGACCUCUCGGCCGAGGAGCGGGUGACGCGGGCGCACGACCUGGGCGUAGCGGCACUUUUGGGUGACAGCAUUUACAACUUCGGGGAAUUGCUGCAACAUCCGAUCCUUAAAGCGCUCGAAGGAUCGCAGUACGAGUGGAUCAAGGACCUGCUCUUUGUGUUCAACGCGGGAGAUUUGGGAAAGUACGAUACCCUGCAGGGCAGGUUGGCAGAGGAGCCCAUCCUCCAAGCCGACUCUGAUUUCCUCCGUCAAAAGAUCUGCCUGAUGGCGCUCAUCGAGGCCGUUUUCCGUCGACCGCGAAGCCAGAGAGCCAUGUCGUUCCAAGCGAUCGCCGGAGAGACCAAGUUGCCCGUCGAGGAGGUUGAGCAUCUGGUUAUGAAGGCUCUGAGCCUCGGAUUGAUCAAGGGUUCGAUCGACCAGGUCAACUCGCUUGCCAACAUCCACUGGGUCCAGCCGAGGGUGCUCGAUGCCGACCAGUCGCGAGCGCUGUACGAGAGGUUGAGCGAAUGGACCGACAAGAUCGGAGGGGUCGUGCCGACCUUGAGCAGGGGACAAGGACCUCUGGGGGUGGCGGCCUGA